CUCCUUCCGAGGUCCCAUUAACGACCGAAUUUGUUUUUUUUUUUUUUUUUUGCCUUUCCGGGUCUGAAAAUUUAUCUUUCGAAAGUGGCCACCAAUAUCCAUAUUCAUCUAAUGUAACCUGUCACUUUCGCUCUAUGUUUGCCUAGUCUCACACUCCCUUUCUUUUGAACUAUACAUCAUCUUCUCUCUGUCUUCUUGCUAUAUAUAUAAAUCCCUUGGCUUAGCUUCAAACCCAAUCCUCCUAAGACAACUAAACAUCAAGAAAUUAAACCCACAAAUUAAUGGAUUCUUCAUUCUUUCACUACCAGAACUCCCAAUACUCCCCUGAUCAAUCAUCUUCUAAUUCACUUAACUCAUCUGAUUCUUUCUACUGCCAACAGCCUCUUCCCUUCAACGAAAACGACUCUGAAGAAAUGCUUCUCUUAGGAGUCAUUAAUGAAGCACCCAUCAGUUCUUUUGAUACGAUUUCCUCUUCCAACACCAUUAAUAACUACGAGGAAGUAACUUCGACAGGUGGUUACUACCAAGAGGAACCAACUCAUCAGGAAAUUGCUUAUAGAGGUGUUAGAAAGCGACCGUGGGGCAAAUACGCAGCGGAGAUAAGAGAUUCGACGAGAAAUGGGGUAAGAGUGUGGCUAGGAACAUUUGAUACAGCUGAAGCUGCAGCUUUGGCCUAUGAUCAAGCCGCAUUUGCAAUGAGAGGUUCAAUGGCUAUACUUAAUUUUCCUAUGGAAAAAGUUUACGAGUCACUUCAAGAAAUGAACUAUGAAUUCAAGGAAGGGUGCUCGCCUGUUUUAGCAAUGAAAAAGAAGCACUCAAUGAAGAGAAAAGCAGAAAGCAAGAAAACCAAAGGCAAUAAGGAAUUGAGAAUGGAAAAUGUGGUGGUCUUGGAAGAUUUGGGAGCUGACUACCUGGAAGAGCUUCUAACCAUCUCAGAAACUGUUAGUCCUUGGUGACUGUUUUCUCUUCUUUUUUCUUCCCUCUUAAAUUUUCUUUCUUCUUUUUUCUUUUUUCAUUUUCAGCAAAGUGAAGAUGAAAUGUCAAAAUUUUGAUUCCUGUAAACAUUUGAUUUCUGAAUUAGUAAUACUGUUAAAAAUUGUUUUCAAAA